UGUUUGACAAAAAUAAUAAACUUCUUUAUGUCCUGUAUUUUAUACACUCUUUGAUCAGUGCCUGAUCUGAUUUGUUCAAGCCAAGGAGUUAAAUCCGCAUUCUGAUUAGUGAAGUAAACUAUAAACAAAUAAUGAUUUACGUAGCAGAAACGAAAAAAGGAGAUAGGAAAAGUAUUUAUCUGUUUAGUGUCCGCAGUGAGGAAGAGUUGAAACAACUACAAAUUUUCUCAAAUGGUUCAAAUGAAGACAUUGUAGUUUCUGGUGAAGAUGCUGCAACAAAUUCGGGAAUUUCCACAAACGAUAGUGAAGAAUGUACAAAUAUACAAAAAUCAAAAGACACUAAUGAAUUACAUGACAAAGAUAUGUUACAAUCAGAAUUUAUAAACACUAAAGAUAAUAAGACGAAUAAGCAAAAUGAAACAGAUAAUGAUGUUUUGAAGGAUGAUUUGGAAUCAAAAGUGACAGAAAAUGGUGAAAACUUUGUCAUUGAUUGUGACAAUGUCAACACAAUUCAUGAAAAUACCAAAGCAGAAACAUGGGAUGAUUAUGAUUGUUUUAAAAUAUCACAAGAAAACUUCUUUCCAUCGAAAGUUAUCAAUUUAAAUACACAAAAAAAUAUUAUUACUAGAUUUCUGAACUUUUAUGUGGGAGGAAAGGUACCCAAAGGUUUGCGUGUUUCUGAUUUACUUUUUGCAGUUAUAUCUAUUAUUCCACUUACAUCGGAAACUGAAGAUUUUAUCUGGCAUGAAAAUGAGUAUAGAGAUGAUGGUUCUUUGUUUUUCUUGUCACCUGAAGAAAAGCUUAACAGUGAAUUUAAAGCGAUAGCAAAAAAAUCUAACAAAACUCCUAACGUUACAGAACCAAAUACAAAUAAAUUCAGUGAUUAUGAGAGUAAAAAUAAUGUUGCUGCACCCCCAUGUCAUAAUGAAGAAACACCUAAUAGUGAGGAGAAAAAUAACAUCGGCACCAGUAAUAACAAAACCGAUGACAAUCAAAAGACAACUUCAUCUGAUUUAAAUAAUGAUGUCUUGUUAUCUCAUAUUACUGAUCUGGUAGAUAAUAUGUCAUUAAAAUGGCGUGGAUCAACAUCAUUUGCAUCACCCUGUGAAGUUGUAUCAAAGCAAUACGGUCCUGCCGAAAACUCAGUUUUCAUAUCAUCGUGCAAUAAAUUAUUGAUUGCAUGGGAAGAAUCGAAGGAAUCUAGAUCUAGACUAAUAUUAAAAUGGUUUUUCGGUAUUAUUGCUUUAACUUUAAUGAGAGGAAUUGUUAAAAGAAAAAAGAAUAUACUUAAUACAUUUCAGAGUAAAACGUUUCUAAAUAAAAUUACGUUUAUAAACUCUUAUAUAAAUUAUAUACCACCACAAGAAAGUUGUGUGGAGAGAUGUUGCAAUGAAAUGAUGGUCAGAGAAAAGCAUCAUAAAGUGAUGUUUGCUAAAAUAUUAUUUAAUUCAAUCCGUAUAGAUAUCUUACAACGGGAACAUGCAAUCACAAACUACUAUGGAUUGUAUAAUAUUUUUAGAAUGUGUGUGGUUGACCAUACCUCAUACUAUGAUAUGGGCAUUUUAAAUCUGUUAAAGUCCAUUUACGGAUAUGUAGGGCCCGGUACACAGUUUUCAAUCAUUUUAUCGGAUUUAAAAGCUGAAGAAAUCAACGACUGCAUGGUACAGGUUAGGAAUUUUAUGAUGAAAUACAUGAAAAAGGAAAAUUGUUGGACAUAUCAUUGGGCGCGUUAUUUUGAUUCAACGCAAUUUGAGUACUUGUCUUGCAGCAACAGUUACGCAACUGCAGUAUUGCUGGCAGUGUUUGUAGAGAAAAAGACGCACAGGUCGGAUGUGUGGCGCUCCGGCUGGGUGAGGACGCAGCAGGUCGAUCUCGACAGAUACAAACAGCUUGGAGAACAAUUGUACAAACAAUAUGAAUGUUUAUGUCAAAUAAAAUGUGUCUUAAAACUUUGUUUCAUGAAACAAUAGGUAAUGUAGACAUUUUACAUGUCAAAUUUAUCAAUAUUCAUAUUUCCGAGUUUCUAUUACUAUUUUGUGUAUCAUUUUCAUCCAUAAAUGCUAACAUAUUUAAGUAUAUGUAUGUUUUUAUACUAAGCUACUCCUAGGUUGAGAUGAACUGAACUUGUGAUAUGUUUUCUUUUCAACAUAUUGAUAAAUCAUUUGCAUUAGGUAAUAAUAUAUUUAAUUUCUAUUUUAAAUAUGUUGUAUCACAUUUUGGAAGUUGGAAGGGCAAGGAGUUUGUAACGAAAAAGAAAUAGGAUAUGAAUACUAUUAGUAUAGUAUCGGUAUUUAAUUGUUUUAAGCUUGCUAAUUGAUAUUAUUUAACAGUAAAUGAAUAUUUAGUUA